AAGCUGUGUUUCUGCCACUUUAGCUCACGGGAAGGAGAUGACAUUAUCCCGGAAGUAGGGUGGGAGAAAGCGUCGUGUUUUUGUUUUUUCUUUUGUUUUGCAGUAGUUAACUCAGGGUUAGCUUAGCGUUAGCUCUGGCUCUCAGCUUAGCGUACUGAACAUUACAGCAGCCUGGAACCCUAAGGACGUCCACUCUAUCAUGAACUAACGUCUGCAGCUAGCCGACAGACCGAGCGGACUAGAGAUGCAGCCUGCGCCGGAGAGAGGAGAGGCGACGGUGGAUGUGAAGUUCACGGAGCUCCCGAGCGCCCUGAUAGCCUGUAAGGUCCCGCAGAGUCUGUUCAACGACGGCGGCGUCAAGGCAGGUUUUGAGUCCUUGUUCCGGUCCUUUGACCCGGCGGUACAGUUCCAGUACUUCAAGUCGUUCCGGCGGGCGCGCAUCAGUUUCAGCGAUGCUCCGGCGGCGGCCGAGGCAAGACUCCGCCUCCACAAGACGGACUUCCACGGCAAAGAGAUGAGACUCUACUUCGCCCAGUCGGUUCACAUCGGGAGUCCUCGGCUGAUGCCUCCUAAACCAGAUAAGCAGUUUCUGAUCUCUCCGCCGGCGUCGCCGCCCGUCGGCUGGGAGCAGUCCAACGACGCCAUGCCUGUCAUCAACUACGACCUUCUCUGUGCCAUCUCCAAGCUCGGACCAGGGGAACAGUAUGAGCUCCAGAUGGCCACGCCCACCACGCCUAGUGUCGUCGUCCACGUUUGCGAGGACGAGCGCAGCGGUAAUGCCUCCGCACCCGAUGACGGCUCCGCCCCUGACGACAGCGAUCCCGACGACCAGCCCCGCCCCCUGCGGCCGCGGAUCGUCCAGACGCGGCGGCCGGACUUCGGAAACAAUCAGUGAACAGCGCCGCCAGGGAGCGGGGGCAGAGACAUUUCAUCCUGACUGACGGAGAGUGGGAAACACUCUGGGACACGGAAACAUUUCAUAUUGACAGAGAAAAAGUAGAGACCAACGCUGCGUUCACAACCCCAGGUAAAGAGCGGAGAUAUGAACUUCGUAAAAGAGAACAUGGUUGUGAUUCCAGGAUAAAUUGUUUAAUUAGUUCAAAAUCUGGAGAAGAUUCUGGUAAAGAUAUGGGGAAAAUGUUUGCUGAAACUUCUGAGUGUAAUUCUACAAAAAUAUGAGGAAAAUGUGAAGAAAAUCAGCGUAUUUCUGCGUCCGGAGAUAGUCUUUGCCUGCUGUUGAAAUAUUAGGAGACAGAACUGAAGGAAAUAUUAGUUUGGAACUGUAGAAAAUAAUGUAAAGUGUAACGUUGUGAUUGUAGUUUUUAGGUAAAAUGGUGCUGGAGUUUAUUCUGAAAUGUGUCAUCACUCUGUGUUUGUGUUUGUGAGACGCUCAGCUGCAAAAACAAUAAAAUAAAGUCUAUAAAAGA